AAAAUGCUCAAAAUUAAUUGGUAUCUCCUCAAAUCCACCGAAUCUGAAUCACCCGCUAACCCUUGAAGCGCCACCAACGACCCAAAGUUGAUCCAAUCUCUGGCUCCGAAAUGGACCAAAACCCAAAACCCACAAGCAUUCUCGAUUCGCUUGGCGAGGAAAUCAUCAGAAUCGUCACCCCAGUCUCGAUUUGUAUGUUCCUGGUGGUGAUUCUGGUCACCGUAUUGACCAACGGUUCAUCUUCUUCCGCAUCUUUAUCGUCGUCGAUCACCACCAUGGCUACCAUAGCCUACACCGAGGAGAGCUCAGACUCCAUUUGGGACAAACUCAAAGGUGCCCUUUUGAACUCACUAGUGUUUGUUGCUGUUGUCACUGUUGUUACCUUCUUUUUGGUCCUGCUUUUCUACCUCAGAUGCACCAAGUUCUUGAAAUACUACAUGGGUUUCUCUUCUUUCCUUGUUUUGGGCUUCAUGGGGGGUGAGAUUGCUCUGUUUCUGAUCCAAGAUUUUAGUAUUCCCAUUGAUUGCAUCACGUUUGUGUUGCUUCUGUUCAACUUUACUGUUGUUGGGGUUUUGGCUGUGUUUAUGUCAAAAAUGGCUAUCUUCUUGACACAAGCUUAUUUGGUUGUUAUUGGGAUGUUGGUUGCUUAUUGGUUCACUCUUUUGCCCGAAUGGACCACUUGGGUGCUUCUGGUUGCCAUGGCAUUGUAUGAUCUUGCUGCUGUUUUGUUGCCUGUUGGGCCUUUAAGGCUCUUGGUGGAGCUUGCAAUAUCUAGGGAUGAAGAUAUCCCAGCUCUAGUUUAUGAGGCUAGGCCCGUUAGUUAUGAUGCAGUUUCAAGGGGCAGUGUAGCUCGGAGGGGAGUGUGGAGGGCAAGGAAUGAUGCUCAUCCAGAAGGGAAUGAAAAUGACAAUCCCAAUUCGAGUUCAAGAGCAACUCUUGGGGCUUCUUUAGCUAUUGGAAGUGGCCAAAAUGGAAGAAAUUUGGUGCAUGCUGAAGAGGGUCAGGCUACGGCUGGGGAUGCGCAGCUCACAUCACCAUUAAUUGAGAGGAGAAUAGAUGUCCAGAUGCACUUACAGGAGGAUGCCGCGCCGAGCGAAAAUUUGGCACUCGAAGGGAUUGGGCUUGGAUCAUCUGGUGCAAUUAAGCUGGGGCUUGGGGACUUCAUCUUCUACAGUGUUUUAGUUGGAAGGGCUGCAAUGUAUGAUUUCAUGACAGUUUAUGCGUGUUAUCUUGCUAUUGUAGCCGGUCUUGGUGUUACUUUGUUACUCCUUGCAUUUUAUCAGAAAGCUUUGCCUGCUCUCCCGGUGUCUAUCAUGUUAGGUCUGUUGUUCUAUCUAUUGACUCGGCUAUUACUUGAAACCUUUGUUGUACAAUGUUCUGUGCAUCUCUUGAUGUUCUAGGCAUGUAAAAUUAGUGACAGGAUUCCUGGUCAUUUAUAAACAAUUUUAUUUCCAGACUAUUGUAUGACUGAUUGAUUUAUCAAUGUUCUCAUUGUGCAUUAUGAGGUUA